GCGGAAACAUUCGCCGAGGCAAACGUUAUCUCCGGUUAGCAGCCUGCACGCGAUUUGAGACGAGUGUAAGGCUCCUCCUGGAGAAAAGGAAAACAGAAACGUUGGGGAUUAGCCGAGCAGAAAAGCAGAGCUAGAACUGGUCAUUAGAUAGACGUAAUAUUGCCGCCUUGAGAAGUUGUGGAAAAUAGCUUGGUGUGAAUGGCCGCGCUGGCAGCUUUUGUGGAGAAAGCCGCUUCGCGAGCGUCGUGCUGGCUUGUGCUUUUAAUGCUGCUACCUUCUCCGUCGACGUGUGAGGACGAGCCCCCGACGACUUCGACUACUUCGACCGAGGGCACCUCUACUUCGCCUAGCCCUAAAGGCGACGUCAGCGCUCCGGCCGCCAGUCAUCUGGACAACGAAGCUUCGUCCUUACCAAGGUUGAACGAGCCCUUGCCAGUAAAGAAAGUGACAACGGAGCUACCCCCGUACAAGCCGUACAAGGGUGGAGCCAGAAGUCCCGUGUACCAGGGCACGUUCCGAGCAUGCUCAUCCCACGAGGACUGCCUACCGGACGAGUGCUGCAUCUAUGGCCUGAGCAGGGGUGACAGCUGCGUCAAGCACUUCAAGCCCUGUCCCAUCAUUAAGGUGCCCGUGCGACCUCGGCCCCGCUUCUGCCCGCCGUACAACAGCGGCGGCUUCUUCUUCAACGUGUGCACGGCGCCCGAGGACUGCCCGUACCCGUACCUGUGCUGCCGCCUCCGGGGCUCGUACCUGUGCGUGCCCUCGUUCUACGACCGGCGCCGGAGACGGCGACGUCACGCGAUCGCCGGCCAGCGUGACGAGCACGACCACAGCGUCGAGGCGUCGAAGUGGCAGCACGCGAGCGAUGCUGCUUUGUCUUCCUAAGGGCCCGUAGUAAACGUGACGCUAAUCA